CCUCUUCCAAUGGCUGCUCACCUGAGGGCCCGCUCUGCCCAAUCAGCUCGCAGCUCGUCCCUCUUGCCUCGUAUCCUUUCAGUGAAAGAAUCCAACUCCUCUUGGGAAAGUUACCUGUAGACGCCUUUAGGUUUUUGUUGCCGUUUCCCUGCUCGGUGCCCUAAACAGCAGGGGGAGGGCGAAGAACUACGGCGAGCUCCGCGCCCAGCCAGUCUUCUCUCCACAUGCGAGGGGCGGGGAGAAAGGGGGCUUUACCUGUCCCACUCCUACCUUUGCGGCUGGCUGAGGGAGAAGUAGAGGGGGGGAAGAAAAGCAGAAUUACCAGUCGCUCUGGUUCUGCUGUCCCGGGCGCUCGCUCUCACUCACUCAUACACAUACACACACACACACAUACACACACCUUUACCUGCACAGACCUGAAAGUCCAGUUUCACCAGAGAGACUGAGGUACCUGGAAAAGGGGAGAGAGUUCAUUGGAUCAAACAUGUCACAAGAGACGGACAAUAAAAACCGGCUUGUGACUAUAGUGCCAAGUGAUGCUGCAUUCAAUAGCAGAAGAGCGUACACCAGUGAAGAUGAAGCGUGGAAAUCUUAUCUGGAGAAUCCCUUAACAGCAGCUACUAAGGCUAUGAUGAGCAUUAACGGGGAUGAGGACAGUGCUGCUGCUCUUGGAUUACUAUAUGAUUAUUAUAAGAUUCCCAGAGAUAAAACAAGAUCAUUAUCUGUUAACAAAGUGAAUGAUAAUCAAGAAGAUCAUGAUAAAAGAAACUGUCUUCCUACCAGUGAAUCUCAGAACAGCAACCUGAACAGCAGUGGUGAAAACAGGGUACAAGUCUUGAAAACUGUCCCCGUAAACCUUUCCUUGAAUCAAGAGCAGCUGGAGACUUCCAAAAGGGAGCAGUUCAGUUCGAGUGUAUCCGGAAGCCCAACAUCCAUUUCUGUGACAGGAGUUAUGGUAGUGAAAGCAGAAGAAUAUACACCUAUUUAUAUGGCUCCAUCAGUGCAUUAUGUACGGGGAGAAAGUGAAGAACACCGAGGGGUUAUAUUUGAACAUGGACACUACGAAGUGCCCAGCAUCACAUCCCAUUCAACUUAUGUGAAAGAUGACCAGCGCAGUACUCCUGACAGUACUUACAGUGAUACUUUUAAAGAUGGCGCAGCAGAGAAGUAUCGCAGUGGCUCUGUGGGACCUGAGGAGUACAUUUAUGAACAGACACCCACCAGCACAUUCCGGUAUACUUUGGAGGCUACAAAAUCCCUACGUCAAAAGCAAGGAGAAGGACCCAUGACCUAUCUGAACAAAGGGCAGUUUUAUGCUAUAACACUGAGUGAGACUGGAGACAACAAAUGUUUCAGACAUCCUAUCAGCAAAGUCAGGAGCGUAAUCAUGGUUGUGUUCAGCGAAGAUAAAAAUCGGGAUGAACAGCUGAAGCAUUGGAAAUAUUGGCAUUCCCGACAGCACACAGCUAAGCAGAGGGUCCUUGACAUUGCUGAUUACAAGGAGAGCUUCAACACCAUUGGGAAUAUUGAAGAAAUUGCCUAUAAUGCUGUCUCCUUUACUUGGGAUGUCAAUGAGGAAGCAAAGAUUUUUAUCACAGUCAACUGCCUGAGCACAGACUUUUCUUCUCAAAAGGGCGUGAAGGGGCUUCCUUUGAUGAUUCAGAUUGAUACAUACAGCUACAAUAAUCGCAGCAACAAACCUAUCCAUCGUGCUUUCUGCCAGAUCAAGGUUUUUUGUGACAAGGGAGCAGAAAGGAAAAUCCGAGACGAAGAAAGGAAGCAAAACAGAAAGAAAGUGAAGGGUCAGAUACCGCAUCCCCCAUGUAGUAAUGCUGAAGGGAAAAUGACCACCGUCCCUCUUCCAAAGAAGAGUGACAUCACUUUCUUCAAAACGAUGGCCGACUUGGACUCCCAGCCUGUUCUCUUCAUACCAGAUGUUCACUUUGGGAACCUCCAAAGAGCUGGGCAGGUUUAUUAUAACACAGAUGAUGAACGAGAAGGGAGCAUUUUGGCCAAAAGAAUAUUCCGACCGGUAGAAGAGGACUUUGUCCCACCACCACUGAAGCAAAUAAAGGAAGAAGGGACAAAAAGAGUACUUCUAUACGUGAGGAAAGAGGCAGAUGAAGUAUUUGAUGCUUUGAUGUUGAAGUCCCCUACUGUAAAAGGACUAAUGGAAGCAAUUUCUGAGAAGUAUGGCCUUCCGGCUGAAAAGAUCACAAAGCUUUACAAGAAGAGCAAAAAAGGGAUCCUGGUCAAUAUGGAUGAUAACAUCAUUGAACAUUACUCAAAUGAGGACACUUUCAUCCUGAACAUGGAAAGCAUGGUGGAAGGCUUCAAGGUCACAUUGACAGAGAUUUAGCUUAGAUCAGAGGGCAGCCUUGUGAUGUCAUAGCAUUUUUGCCUCCUCUUAAAAAGGAACAAUUCUUUUGAAGCCCCCAAUGACUCACUGAUACUGAGAAGAGUGGCUGUUACAGAGGUCCAUUGAUGCACCUCCCCUCCACUUUUUUAACGUGAUCAAUGUGUUCAUGACAAACUACAUAUCAUUACAACAGUCCUUAUUUAUUGUUCUUCAUUUUGCAAUAUGUAAAUAAUCAUGACUUUAUAAUCUCACUCCACUGCAAAGAAGAAACAGCAACAUUUUAAAAGUUAAUAUGGAAGAUAGUAAAUCUGAAGGAUUGUGUCAGUUCACUUAGGACUUUCUAAUGAAAUUUCACCCUUCAAAAUGACCUGCAAGAAGAUCUAAUAUUCAACUUUCUUCAGAGCUAACACAGAGAUGGCAAUCAAAAUUCCUGAACAAAUUUCCCACCGCUUGCUGAGGAACGUAUGGCUUUACCACAUAUCUCCAAGUUCUUUCCAAUGCAGGUCUAAUGAGGACUGUAAGUAAGACAAUUGGGUAGUGUGUAAUUUGUAAGUAAAGCAGCAUCUGCUUUAGCCUCUGUACAUAGUGUUCUCAUAUAUAUAUACAUAUAUCAACUGACCAUUGUGAAGAGAGCUUGAUGUUUCCAUUCCUUUGUAUCUUGUGGCAUGACCAGUAUCCUUGAUAGAACAUUAAAACAUAUUUUAAUAGCUGACAUGUAUUCUACAUGUAUUCCACACGCUAGGGAGACCUGGGAGUAUUUGCAGCAUUGUAUACUCUGCCGUAUCAGGUCUUUGUGCAGUGUGGCUCUUGUCCUCCAGUUCCUGUAUUAUUUGUUAUUUAUUUCAAUCCUUGCAUUACCACCCACCCACCC